AUGAAACAUUUUUUAAAAUGUCUUUCUAUAUUACAAAAUCACAACAAUGUGCUUUUUACACCAAAACGGUAUAUGCUCAAACAAUCUAUUAACCACAUCAUGAGCAAAAAAGUUAUGGAUAGAUAUAUACGACUGCCCGUACCCUGCAACAAAGUUUUGGCCACCUACUGCUGGAUUGAUGGAUCUGGUUUGAAUAUGAGAUGCAAAGAUAGAAUUCUGAAUUGUACUCCAUAUUGCGCUGAUGCGGCACCAGGUUGGGCUUUUGAUGGAAGUUCAACUGGCCAGGCUACUACUGCAAACUCUGAUACAUCUCUUAAACCAGCCGCCGUAUAUAAAGAUCCCUUUAGAUUAGAACCUCAUGUAAUUGUUUUGGCUGAAGUAUAUAUGGGCGAUGGCUCAGCAGCAAAAACAAAUCACAGAAAAUUCUGCAAUGAUUUAUGUGAAUUUCACAAAGCGGAGGAACCUUGGUUUGGAUUAGAACAAGAAUAUACAAUGCUAGACGUAGAUGGCUGGGGCUUAGGUUGGCCUAAAGGUGGCGGCUUUCCUGCUGUCAAUUAUGAAUUUUCUUAUUGUGGAGUUGGCGCUAAGUACAUAGCUGGUAGAGAUGUUUCUGAAUCUCAUACGAAGGCCUGCCUAUAUGCAGGGUGUGACUUCGAAGGUACGAAUGCAGAAGUAAUGUAUGCGUGCUGGGAAUGGCAAAUAGGAACUACAAUUGGUAUCAAAGCUCCAGAUGACAUGUGGAUGUCUCGAUAUAUAAUGUCUCGAGUAUCUGAAGAUUACGGGGUAGUUGUUACAUAUCAUCCUAAACCAAUGGGGCCUAAGCAUCCUGGUGUUGGUAUGCAUCACAAUUUUAGUACCAAAAGAAUGAGAUCUGAUGGUGGAUAUCAAUUUAUUGAAGAAUGUAUUAAACGAUUAGAAAAAAAUCAUAUGAAACACAUGAAAAACUAUCAACACGAUGAACAAAGUAACAGGAUGCGGCUGUCGGGGAAGUUUGAAACGGCGCCAUUUGAUAAAUUUUCUUGGGGAAUAGCGAAUAGGAAAGCCUCUAUUCGUUUAGGAAGAAAUAUAAAAGAAAAGGGAAAAGGAUUUAUGGAAGACAGGCGACCAGCUGGUGAUUGUGAUCCUUAUUUAGUCUGCGGUUUACUUAUGGACACAUGUUUAGGAUCAGUAGGUAGUGGUGGUGGUGGUAAGGGAGGUAAAUGUAAGUAA